AUGCAGCUUAUGUGCUGGCUGGUCGCCUGUACUAUCACGUGUUCUCUUGGCUACCUUCAUUCCUUUCAUUCUUCGUUUCCCCUCUCAUUUCUGACUUCCACGAAGUGUUCUGCUUCCUUGCAAAAGUUCCUCCACACGCACAUAUCCGUCAAGAAGAGCGAGACGCCGCACUCAGCCCCCAGAGACCGCCAUCAGCGCCUCUCCCCUCCCUCAACACCUUGCCCCACUUCAUUAAAAAUCUCACGGACAGUUACAGCGCCAUCUUGCCUAGAGCCCACCAACACUCUUUUUGACACCCCCCUCUUCUACGUCAUGCGAGCAGGGGCCAUGCUGCGCUGUGUGGCUAGGGUGGCCACUCCAGGUGCAGCCACAGGCACCUCCCCUACCUCUUCCUCGCCCACACCCAUGUCGUAUUCUCCAGUGUCUGUUCACAGCACUAGGCACGCGCUUCGCACGCGUGACAUUACGCUGCGUGUGCCCAGUUCCGACAAACUUCUGCGCUUCUCCUUUUGCUCUACCCGCCACCUACUGGCUGAGACGAUUCGCCGGCACGACCUGCUGCGGAGCACGAGAGCUCAUCUUGACUUCCUGCAGCUCCUGGGGACACAGCUCACGUUUACGAAUCUACUUGCCUCCGCAUUAGAGGGCGAGGAGCGAGUGGAGGCUCGAUUCACCGCGGAGGAGGCCACCAUCUUGACGGAAGCACUGGCGCUGGGGGAGUGUCGGUGCCACCUGGGGCCCGAGUACAAUGCACAGCUGGAAGCACGCGGUCUGCCGACGUUUCCGUUGCGCGUAAACCGUGUCUUGUAUCGCCAGGAGAAGCCCUUUUCGUCGGUCGUGCACGCUGAUCUGGCUGAGCUCCUGCAGACUUCUUCCGACACUGCUUCCAACAUCGCUGCCGCUGCCACUCGUGCAAGCGAAGCCAGUGAUAUACCGCUCUCCUUGCACCUGCCUAACAUGACAGGCCGGGCGCCUCUGGAGGCGUGGAAGAGCUUCUUCUCCUACAACAGCAGCCUACACGCCUACAACUACCUGCGCCGGUCCGACGGCAGCGUCUCGGCGGUGUGGAUGCAGUCCCGAAUCGAUGCGGCCACGCUGCUGGCCCAGGGAUUCUUGAAUGCGGAUAACACUGCUGCCGUUUCUAAAUGGCAUCACGACGAGGUGUGCAGUGACAGGGACGAAGAAAAGAAGGCACAGGACGUUCAGCGAGUGCUUCUGCAUGCAGUUCCACUUAGCUUUGGCGUGAUGGUGACACCGCUGGCCGCUGGAGGAGCGGUAGAACACCAGGUGAACCAGUUGAACCGAGUAGUGAUGGAGGCCGCCGCGCUGCUGUGCGUACCGUCUGACGGCGAAACAGCGGUCGCCUCACCUCUGCAGCUGCUGGUAGAUCGAUGCGCCGAGAGGCACACUACGUGCCAGCACAUCCUGUCGCUGGUUUCUGGGGACUACGAAGGUGCCUAUCAAGUUGCGGUGGCUGCACGGCAAUACAGCGAUGAUCCGGCGCAGGUGGCCGCGGUGGUGGACCCGAUACGGCGAGCGUUGGGGGUGCAGGACUUUGUGACCCCCCUCGCGGCAACGGAAGCGGCGCGGACGGGGAUCGACUUUUUUUGCCGCUGCUCAAAGCAGCACAUCAUCGACUCCCUCGCCUCCGCGCCCCUCAGUACGCUGGAGUCUUUGAGGGAGAGCGGCCACACGGUUCACUGCUGCUUUUGUGGAAGGCAGCACAAACUCGCCGACGUGGAGUGGCAAGUGCUGAAAAAGACCGCUCGAUCGGCUAUCACAUCGUCGCAGUGA